AUGCGGAAAAGGAAACACCCCCCCUUCUUGGUGGUGUCGCUGAUAAUCCUGAUUUGCAUCCUAAAGAGUUUACUCAGUUCACUCGAAUGUGUGAAAUUAACUCCCCGAAGGAGGAAGUCACCACCGGUUAGCAGCUCGAGACAGGCAAAGCAGCAGAGAACCAAAAACAACCCAAUCAAGUGUGCCAAAUUGUUUAUUCCCAACUGUGGAGUGAUCCCAAAAAGGGAGAAACAAAUCUGCCAGGAGAUCUUCAAACUGUACAGGGGCCGCGGAACGACAUGCUCAUACGAAUGGAUAGAGAAUGAUGACAACGUAGAAGUAAAGAUAUGUCUUGCUCCGGAUGUUUCUUCUGACGAUAUUCAGUGCCGCUUAACGAGUGAUUAUUUAUUUGCCAAGCUGAAAAACAAACCGCAGAGCCUCCUAGAGGGGAAGCUAAAAGGACAGGUAGAUAUAAACCAGUCCACGUGGUUCCUAGAAAAGUACAAAGACAUCUCCCUUCUUAUGAUUCAUUUGAAAAAGAAGAAGAAGGAUAAAGGAAUAAACGAAUGGGUAGGGGUAAUCGAAAAGGAAAAUAUUCUUCACCUAUCGUAUGAUAACGCUUCGUCAACCAACAAUGACGACUUUAGCGCAUCCGCACAUGUAAGUGCCAAACCGGAUGAGCUCCUCCUUAGGCAAGUCUUUCCCAAUGCCAAGGCUGACGAUGUGUUCAGUUUUGUCCUCAAGUGGGCCAACACGAAAUCGAAUAACCAAAACGAGUUUGGCAUCCCCAGGAUGAAAUUAAAAACGGCCGUAAUAAAUAAUGAACACGAAAUAGAGAUUAUCAUUUCAGGAUAUGACCUCAAGUGGGAGGCUGAAGACAGCUUGUUAAUAAAAUUUAGUUCGCUGGAGAAGGGGGUGGAAAUGAAUGUUCAUAGGGGGAAGGUGGCUAGUGGAGUUAGAGGUCUGCAUGGAAAUAUGAUCAGCUUCUUAGUGAAAGAAUGCGAACAGAGGAUAUUGAAGAAGCUGCAACAUGAUUUGAAGGGAGUGUUCUAUUUAAAUCCCAUGUCGAAGAAGGCAGAAGCACUGAUGCAUGGACACACACCGCAGACUAACUAUGAUUACGUGUCGAGUGACAAGGUGGGCCCACAACACAUCUCUGUCAGUAGGGAAGAGCCAAAUGAAACAUUAGGACGGAGUAAUAAUAUUAACCGGGGGGACCAUCCACAGGGAGGAACUGACGCAGAGCAAGUCAAACACAUAAGAAAAGACUCCCCACAGGAAGAACUAAUCGUGGAGGAACUGAAGCUCCACUCCAAGGUAAACCUAACGUGUGACGAUAAAUCGAAAGAACCCGAAUAUAUGAAAGACUGGUCUGAGGAGAAAAAAGUCGAGUUCCGAAGAAACUCAGUGUUGCAAUUGAAAAGGAACUUAGAAAUGUCACAGGAGAAUAAACUUAUUAUGAAGCUGGAGGAUUACGUCCACUAUAUGAAGGUGUCCUUUGACCUGACGGACGAGGAGGCUAAGCUCGUUUGGAAGAAGGGCAUGGCUAAAUCGGACGAGCAGAAAAACAAGGAGCGCUUCUAUAGAUUCACAGAAGUGGAGAAGCUCACCGACAGGAUAGGUUUAGUCGUUCCGGGGGAAAUGGGCAACCCAACCGGUGAUGGCCCCGCAACGGAAGAAACCUUUUCCUAUUGCCAAACAGAGGAGACCACCCCCUUCACCGAUCUAACCAGGAAGGAAAGCUUCCAUGAAAAGGAAGGAAACACCACCGAAGAGGCAAACCAAAACAACAUUAACAGACGGUUCUUUAACUGCCUGGAAGAGGAAUUACUCGACCCAGAAGACAAACCAAAACUUACUUUGUACGAAAUGUAUAGCAGGAGUGACCAGGGGGAAAAACAAAAAAUGAGAGAAAAAUGGAAAAUGAAUGAACUGAGGUUAAACACGCUAAUUAGCGAAUUGGCCUACACAGAGGAAGACAUGAUCCCCACCGUCUGCAACAACUACCGAGAUGUGCUACUCAGUGAUGAAUAUGCCUGCCUCAUGCAAAUCAGGCUUCAAGAAUCCCCCCCGAAAAAUGUAGAAGAAAAAAAAAUUCUAAAAAUAAUUAACUCCUUCGCAUUGAGUCUCUACGAUGAUAUAAAGAUUGUCAUGGAACAUGAAGAGAGAGAGCACUUAAAAAAAAUCCAACUGAUUUGUGAAAAAGCGGUGUACGAUGAGAAAGGGCUCAAUGAUUUUAUCGAGUCCAUGAAGCCACUCCUGGAUUACUCCUUCCUUGGGUAUGUAAAGCAUGCCAUACGGAUGGAAAAGAGGAAAAUCAAAAUGGAGGGGAAGGACUUCCGAGAGCAGCCCUCCGACUGGCUAAUCAUCCUAAUGAUUAUCCAAAAGGGAAUUUAUUCCAUAUUGGAAAAGGACAUAUGGGAAGACGUAAUCAACAUAACUACGAUUAUCUGCCAGGAGCAACCCAGUGUCCGUAAGACCAUGCUGAACACUAUGGUUGCCUCCAUGCCCAAGGCCGACUGGAUUUUUUUCAAGGAUAUUAUUAAAACGAUAUACAAAUGUGUACAGGAAAGAAAACUCACCGCUAACCAUUUUCCUGAGUUCCCUCACAUCCCGGAAGCCAUUUUCCAGCUCAACUACGACAUUGACAAAAUUCUCCCUGACUGGUUCAUAAAGCAAAUGCUAGACGAAUACGACAAGUCCGUCGUGGAGUUAAUGAAAUCUAGGAAGCCCCUGUUUUGGAAGAUGAAAGAGACCAACUGGGACAAGAAGUUCGUGCAGGAUUUUAAGCAGCUCCAGGUUCAGCAGUUCCAGCACUACGAGCGCCACGCGGGUGGGGGGACGACUAGCUGA